GCCCGCACCACAACUCCCGGCAGCCCCCGCGGCAAAGACGGCGGCGCCCGCGCGGGGGCCGCUGGGAGCUGUAGUUCGGCGGGCGCCGGCUCCCCUGCGCGGCGGAAAGGCCCCGUUGCAGCUGAGCCGCCUUCCUCCUCUUCCUCCCCGGAGCCGCCAUGGCCCUCUCGCCCGUGGCCGUGCAGGUGCCCGGCAUGCAGAACCACCGAGCAGAUCCUGAGGAGCUUUUCACCAAACUGGAGCGCAUCGGGAAAGGCUCCUUUGGAGAAGUCUUUAAAGGCAUUGAUAACCGGACGCAACAUGUGGUGGCCAUUAAAAUCAUCGACCUUGAAGAGGCUGAGGAUGAAAUUGAAGACAUCCAGCAGGAGAUCACGGUGCUCAGCCAGUGUGACAGCCCUUACGUCACCAAGUACUACGGCUCCUAUUUGAAGGGCACAAAGUUGUGGAUAAUAAUGGAAUAUUUAGGUGGGGGAUCAGCCCUGGAUUUGCUCCGUGCUGGCCCCUUUGACGAAUUCCAGAUUGCUACGAUGCUCAAGGAGAUCCUGAAAGGGCUGGACUACCUGCACUCCGAAAAGAAAAUCCACAGAGACAUCAAAGCUGCCAACGUGUUGCUGUCUGAGCAAGGAGAUGUAAAGCUUGCGGAUUUUGGAGUAGCUGGGCAACUGACCGACACUCAGAUCAAGAGGAACACUUUCGUAGGGACGCCCUUCUGGAUGGCCCCCGAAGUCAUUCAGCAGUCGGCCUACGACUCCAAAGCUGAUAUCUGGUCUCUUGGAAUCACCGCCAUCGAACUAGCCAAAGGGGAGCCUCCGAAUUCAGACAUGCAUCCGAUGCGAGUCCUCUUCCUCAUCCCCAAAAACAACCCCCCCACCCUGGCCGGAGAGUUCAGCAAACCCUUCAAAGAGUUUAUUGACGCCUGUCUGAAUAAGGACCCGACGUUUCGUCCCACAGCCAAGGAGCUGCUGAAGCACAAAUUCAUCCUGAAAAACGCCAAGAAGACCUCGUACCUGACAGAGCUGAUCGACAGGUUCAAAAGAUGGAAAGCAGAAGGACACAGCAGCGAUGAAACGGACUCGGACGGCUCGGAUUCCGAGUCUAGCAACAAGGAGAACAAUUCCCACCCCGAAUGGAGUUUUACCACCGUGCGGAAGAAGCCGGAUGCCAAGAAAGUGCAGAAUGGGACAGACCAGGAUCUCAUGAAAACCUUGGGCUGUUUAACCCUGAUCAUCAAUCCCGUGUUUGCAGAGCUGAAGCAGCAAGACGCAAACAGCGCCGGCAAGAGGCAGGCUAUCGAAGAGCUGGAGAAGAGCAUCAGCCUGGCCGAAGCCGCCAGCCCGGGCAUCACGGACAAGAUGGUGAAGAAGCUGAUGGAGAAAUUUCAGAAGUUCUCUGCCGGUGACUCCUGAGGAAGGUGCCCGGGUGCUGCCCCGCACAGACCUCCCCGCGGUCUGCCCACCCUCCUCUGGCUCGACUGUGCUCCUUGUUUUCCUGAGUUCCUGGUGCCUUUUGGGAUCAUCGCAAUAGAUUCUGAUGAUCGCGGAUCGGAAAGGAUUCAACUCCACUCUUUUGUAAAUGGCAGACGUGCUUUUUGUUUUUCUUUUUGUAUCUCCGGGACUUGCUUUUUUCCUUCUUUUCUUCUUCUUUUUGUACAGAGCGACUUUUAAUAUUUUAGCUCCCACUUCUUUAACCCAGCUCAAACGAGACAAAAAAGUUUGUGCUGUUUCCUUCCAGAGGCAGUUGCCAAGGGUGGAUCGGCCUCCUCCCCAGAUUGGUGGAUGGGCAGCCUUUUUACUCGAGUUCGUAGAAAACACGUUUCAGGAGUACUUUGUUUUUCUUCUCCUCUGCCCCAGUUGCAGGUCUCCUGAAGCCAGACUUGGCACCUCCCUUUUAGAGGCAGAGGCUGUGCGGAAGCCCUUUGCCCGCAGGAUGUCGCUCUGGUGCCCUUUCGGCCCGUGUUGAGCAGGAGGAACCGGCCGCGGCAUCCGCUCACUUGAAAUUGGGUAUUUUAUGUGGGGUCACCUCCGUCUGAAAGCAAUACGUCAACGGCUUGGCGAGUUGUCCUGUAGCUGCGUGCACAGCUUGUGUGGAUUCCUUUGUAGAGCAACCUCUCCCAGCAGCAGCAGCAGCAACGGGGAGGGGACCGGGUGUAAAAGAAAGCCAAGAUGGCAGCCGUGGCCAUUCUCUCUGAAGCCCACUCCUCUUUUUUUUUCUUUUUUUUUCAACAUAGCAUUGCACACGAAGGGGUGGGCUGCAGUCGGAUAGACGCAGCCACCGUUUCGGUUCUCUUGAUCCCCUUAUGCCCCGAUAUAAAAGACACUUUCACCGUGAUAAGAAAUUUUGAAGCAAUAUUGUUGAAAGGGAUGGGGUGGGGUUGGGGGUUGGCAAUAAUGGGCCUAAUUCAACCGAGUUGUUUCUUCUGGAGUAAAAUUGGAGAAAAAGGAGAACCUGUUCUGUCUUGGGGGGCGUCUGAUCAGUACCUCCCUGGCAGAUUGAAAUUGUGACACCAGCGUUUUGUGGGGUGUGUAUUUUUUCUCCUUGUAAGAUAUUGAUAGACUUACGUUCUUGAAGUCCUUUACAUGCAUCCACAACUGUUUAAUUUCCCCCUCCAUCCCAAAGUGUAUUUUUAAAAAUCUAUUUACCAGUUAAUAUGCAAAUAAUUGAGUUAUAGAUAUUCUUUCACGAAAAAGAUAGUACUGUGCAGUACAGAGUGAUUUUUUUUCCAGAAAAGGUAGAAGAAAUUAUAAACUUGCUUUCGAUUAUAUAUUUAUGGUACUGUUGAGAUGAGGUUCUCUCUUUUUUCCUUUUCAACCCAGUAUGUAUAUUAUGCUACUGAAGUGUAUUGUAUUUCAGUCUUCAGUUGUGGAAGUGUGGGUGUAAAUUUAUUUUUGAUAAGUCUGGAUAUGUUUAAUUUUAUAGUUCAGAUCUGCACAUUUUUUUUGGUUUUGCACAACAUUCAUUUUAAAGAAUUUGAAGUAUAUCAGCCAAAUAUUGAACUGAGUUAUAUAAGAGUGCAAACAAGCAGUGAUUUUUUGUUGUCAUUGUGAUUAAUAGUUGCCAUUACAACCUUUUCUUUUUAAGGAAAAAAAAAAAGAUAUAAAGACACUGGCAAGAGAUGGUGGAUAGAAAUGCCAAGGGCAAUUAUUUUCAAUGGUGCCUACACUGUAAAAAAAAAAAUCACAAAGAACUUUUAACUCCUUUGUUUUAAUUUUAAAGAAAUGUUUGUUUAAAAAAAUUGUUUCAUUGCUAUAUACCUGAAACACCAUUAGAAAUUUAUAUCUGGGGAGGGGAAACGUCUGGACAUAGUUUUUGAAAACAAUAAUGUUACGGAUUAAAUAAAAUAUUUUUAUAAAUGUA